AUGCUCAAGAGAAGCAUACCCGCCCGCCUUCGCGUCGCGGGCAGCAGGUCACUAGCAGCUAGGGCGCGUCCGUCGCCGCUCCUGUCUGCUGCGCUGCUGCCGCGCGGCGGCUCGUCGCGCUUGCUCGGUGCGCGGACGCUCCACGCGACUGCAGUGUCGCGGGCGCAAGACUAUUAUGACGUGCUCGGUCUGCCCAAGACGGCGAGCACGGGCGAGAUCAAGCGAAAGUACUACGAGAAGGCAAAGCAGUACCACCCGGACACCAACAAGAACGACCCGGAGGCGGCCAAGAAGUUUGCAGCCGCGACAGAGGCCUACGAGGUGCUGAGCGACGGCGAGAAGCGCAAGGCCUACGACACGUAUGGCCACGCCGGACUCGGCGGCGGCGGCGGCGGCGGCGGCCCUGGGCAGGGGUUUGGCCAGGGCUUCCACCCUGGCGGCGGCGGCUUCCAGUGGCGGUCGGACAACCCGAACGUCGACCUCAACGACAUCUUCGAGCAGCUCUUCGGCGGCCAGGGCCGGCGGCAGCGCGGGCCGCGCCGCGGGAGAGACGUGCAGACGCAGAUUGUGCUCGACCUCGAGGAGGUCGCGGUGGGAGUCGAGAAGUCGGUCUCGUGGCGGACGGCAGAGGGGACGGAGACGGCAGAGGUGCCUAUCCCCGCGGGCGUGGACACGGGGAUGAACCUCUGCGUGCGAGGCAAGGGGGAGGCGGGCGCCGCCGGGCCGGGAGACUUGUACAUCGAGGUGCGCCUCACGCUGGCCGAGGCGGUGCUGGGCGGGCGGGUGGUCGUCCCGACGCUUGAGGGGCAGGCGGCCCCGCAGCUGCCGCCCGGCGCUGCGGCCCUCAAGCUGCCGCCCGGUACGCAGCCGGGCGACCGGCGCGUGAUGGAGGGGCGCGGCGUGCGGGCGAACUCUGGGCGCGGCCACCAGUAUGUCCACUUCAACGUCGACGUGCCAGUCAAGCCGACGGAGCGGCAAAAGGAGCUCAUCCGUGAGUUCGGCGAGGAGCAGGUCAUCAGCGACGACGACCGUGCCGACCGAAGGGAUCGCGACGCCGGCCGCCGCGGCGGGCGACGUGGCUGGUCGUUUGGGUAG